AUGGCCUGGGAGGCCACAUACCUGCUAUCCCCCAUCCUGCUGGUGCUCCUGGCCUCAGGCUCCUGGGCACAGGACGCAGAGUUACUUCCAACAGUGGAAGGCCAGACAAUUUUCGUGAAAUGCCAGUAUAAUAGCAACCAACACUCCAAGGAGAAGAUUUGGUGUCAGCAAACACCAACAGAAAGUUGUAAAUUGUUAGUGUCCAGUCUCAACACUGGUACACAGUGGCCAAAAUUCUUCAUCCAGGAAUAUCCUAAGUCUCACUUCUUCACUGUCACCAUGACUAUGCUCGCGGUGAGAGACUCAGGUCUCUAUUACUGUGGGAUCCAUGACAAUCACAAAGCAAUUGCUGUUCUCAGAAGAUUUCUCCUGGUGGUGUCAAAAGUAUAUCAUGAAUCCUCACAAGGACUUUGCAAGGAGGUGCUGUCUCUACCUGCAGUGAUGUGGAUAACAGAGAGAAACUCACAAGGCCUGAGUGCUCACAGGUGUGCUAAUAACAGAGUUCAGAAGGAUGCAAUCAUCUCUGCAGGGAAGACACGCUGGCAGGUGCAGGAGGCUGGUUGGUCACACUGCCUCUGCACCCAGGAAGCAGAUAAGGAACACAGGUGGGACCCAACGGUACAACCUCCAAACCUGACUCCAGUGACCCAGGUUCUCUGA